AUGACGCCAGGCGAGUUUACCACCUUCAACACCUUCAACACCUUCAACAAGCACUGCACCACCAUUACUAUCACUAUCAUCAUCAUUGCUACCAUUACCCUCAGCAGGAUCAACGCCACGCCGACCAGGCAGUAUAUCGAGGAACUAAUGGUAGCGGGAGGCAUCAGCAGCGCCAGUAGAGCCGACCCGGCGACGGUCGUCGAGCUCCAGCAGCAGAGGGCAUAUAAAAGCCUGGUUUUCUUUUUAGGCACAAACACGCACACUUACACACACCCUAAAAGAGAGACGCCAGAAAUGCCUCGACAAGAAUCCCGAGAAGAUGGCAGUCCCCGUACGCCCGAGGAUACUAAACGCCUUUGGGCAAUCAUUUCUCCUCCGGCUGCGCCGGUCGUUGGGCCGUUUGAGCUCUCGCUGCCGGCAUAUAUCGACGUUGGCCGCUUCGUCCUCGGCGAGCGCGGGGCCAGGCUCGCCAGGGCUAACGACGCCCUCGGCCCGAAUGUGACCAUUGCCUUGGUGGAGGAGGCUGCCCUAGGCGAGGGCAACAAGCUGGUCGUUGGCUUUGCCCAGGGCAAGGAGGGGCCAUUUAUAAAUACUCAGAUAACCACGCACGCAACCAAGGUUUUAACGCUAAAUAAAAUGUCCGAAAAAUAA